GUACGUACUGUGACACUGCUUGGUAUAGUGUGUAGCUGCUGUAUAGCUGCAGUAUGCCGGAGCGCAAGGAUGAUGUGGAACUGGUCGGAAGCCAGCCGGUGGACAGGAAUUGGAAAGGAAUCGCUAUCGCUGUGCUAGUCAUCCUGAUUGUAUGUUCCAUCAUUGUCACAGCAAUAGUCUUGCUCACGCCAGAACAAGAGAUCACAUUCAUUGGAGAUCGCAUGACGUUUGACCAGGUGUUUAAUGGAGAAUUUAGCACUGGAAAAUACUCGAUGAAAUGGCUGACAGAUGACGAGUACGUAUACAGGGAUGAAGAUGGCAACCUAUUGCUACAUUCUGCUAGUGUCGGCGACACCCGGCUCUUAAUGGACAACAGCACCUUUAGGAGACUCAAUACGGGAACUUACUACGUAUCGCCUACGACCAAAUACGUGCUGCUAGCUCACGAAAUCCAACAGGUGUGGCGGCAUACACGCUUGCAGCGAUAUUCCGUAUACGAAGUAGACACAGGGGCGUUAAAAGACGUGUACAUAAAUCCAUCUGAUAAAGAAGUGAAACUUCAAUACUGCGGAUGGGCGCCCAACGAGGAUGCUGUGGCAAUAGUGCACAAUAACGACCUCUACUACAAAGGGGACGUAUGGGAGGACGCCGGCACGAUUGUACGCGUUACAGCUACCGGGAAGCCAGAUAUUAUAUACAACGGCCUGCCAGACUGGGUGUACGAAGAGGAGAUUCUGAGUAGGGAUAACGCCAUCUGGUGGUCACCAAACGGAAAAAAGCUGUGCUAUGCUUCUUUCAAUGAUAGCGAAGUGUCUAUGUUUUCGUUCCCCUGGUACGGAGAGGAAAAAGACCUUUAUACUACUAUGAAGGAGUUGAGAUAUCCAAAGGCCGGUGAAAAAAACCCGACGUUUAUGUUGCAAGUCAUUGAUGUGAAUACGCCAACCGACAUAGUAGAAUUGAAAGCGCCCGCUGAGAUGAUGAAACUUCCGGAGUUUUAUUUCAGCGAAGUUACAUUCCUUGACGACAGCCGGUUGUCCGUGAUCUUUCAGAAUCGACACCAGAAUCACUCCGUAUUUGCUUUGUGUGAGAUUUCCAGCGGGGAUUGUAAUACGCAUUAUACAUACAAGGAGAGCAAUGGUUGGGCACAGGUGUACAGCCCUCCGUUGUUUGCCGAUGACCUGAAGAGCUUCUUCUACUUACUGCCGCAACGUGACGCCAGCAACGGAGACUUCAUGCACGUCACCAUGUUAGACAUGUCGGGCAGUAAUGACGUCAUUCCGCUUACGCAAGGCACGUUUGACGUCACCAGCAUACUCGGCUACAAUCACGAGAAUCGUCUCGUGUUUUACCUCGCGACGAGUGAUAACAAACUAGGCGCCAGGUGGCGCCACGUGUGGAGUGUCGGGACACCGACCGCUGUAAACCCAAAGACGCCGGUGUGCCUGACGUGCAAACUGCAAGAUGAGUGCGAAUAUUACAGCGCCUAUUUCAGCAAGGACGCGAGCUACUACACUCUAUACUGUCGAGGACCGGGUGUUCCAAAGUGGACGUUACACAGCAUUAAAGACAAAGAGCCUCUGAAAGUGUUGUAUAAUUACACAGAAUUGCAGCAAUCCGUCGAACAAACUGCGUUACCGAAGAAAAUCUAUUUUGAAGUGCCAAUAAAGAAUUACGUGGUUAAUGCUCAGAUGUAUUUACCAGUCGAAUAUAAAGAGACUGAAGUCGUGCAAUAUCCCAUGCUUGUAGACGUAGGAAGAAAGUUCUAUGGAGGCCCUGGUUCGCAGAAAGUGCUGGAUUCGUUUAGCGUUGGCUGGAGUAGCUACUUGGCCUCUAGCCUCGGUGUCAUCGUCGUCUCUAUAGAUGGUCGUGGCAGUAAUGGUCGCGGUAACACCGUGCUAUACGAAGUUUACCGACAGCUGGGCGUCAAAGAGGUUGAAGACCAGCUACUCGCUGCAAAGUUCAUCAGCGAAAAUUACAAUUUUGUUGACCCUUCGAAGAUGGCCAUCUGGGGAUGGUCCUAUGGCGGGUUUGCAACCUUGCGAGCUUUGAGUCAUGAUCUAAACAAAGGCGGGAGCAUUUACAAAUGUGGCAUGGCAGUUGCACCUGUAACGAGUUAUCGAUUAUAUGACUCAGUCUACACGGAGCGGUACAUGGGUUUGCCGGAACCAACAGACAAUUACGCCAUGUACGAGGCAACUACGGUGAUGUCAAAAAUAGAAAACUUUGAAGCAGUGGACUUCCUGUUAAUUCACGGAGAAGCGGAUGACAAUGUUCAUUAUCAAAAUUCAGCUAUUCUUAUGAAGGAUCUGCAGGAUAAUGAAAUACAGUUCAAAGCCAUGAUAUAUCCUGAUCAAAACCACAACAUUCCUCGGACAAGUAAACACCUGUACAGGAUGCUCACGAACUAUUUGCUCGAUUGUUUCGCCAAUGAACAACAACUCAGCACAGAUGGUAGCGCCACCGUCGCCAACACGCCAAAGAAAAUGAAGGCACGCCUCUAGUACGUGGGCGUUUGAAGUUACCAGGGAUGAGCUCUCUGUGUAUUCUUUUGCAUCAAAACACGGUCACGAGUGACUGAGCCUGCGCUGAUGCUAUAAGAAAAUUGUUAUACAAUUUCCACUUUUUGCUACAGACAAACGUUCCAAAAUUAGAUUAUUUUGAUCUAAAGUGAAAUAUCAUCGUGGAUCUAAAUAAUGUUCAUAACGAUUUCUGAUUGCGGAUCAAUGGGAAAGGCGAGGGAUUAUAUUAGCGUUGUUAUACUGAUGAUUGCGAAUGAUGAUAUGAGUAUGAAUAAUUUAGCCCAAAAUUAUAUUGUUUAAUAAACAAUAGUAUAAUAC